AUGCCGCGCUUCUUCUGUGACUAUUGUCACUCGUACCUAACUCACGACACGCCGAGUGUCAAGAAAAGCCAUCUGCUGGGUAAGAACCACGUACGAUUGGCAGGCGACUAUUACUGCAACAAAGCGCGACAAGACCAACAGCCUUUCUUCCCACACUCACGAAAAGCGGCACGCGACCGAAAACGAACGGGCAAAUUACCGCCAAUCGCACCACAGCGCAAGUGGACGCUUCACUGCGACACCAACCGCCAAAAAAGAGCUGCCCGUCGAUCUGCUUCUACCAGGGCUCAGGAACUAUCUACGAAAAUACAGGUGUUGGACAAACUGUAUGCAAAAUCGCCGGGCUACGCCAAGGUGUUCAGACCCGAAUGUAGACUCGACAUCGGACAGUCGGUACGGCUGGAUCGACUACCGCAGAGAGCCAACGUAAGGCCCGGCAAUCCAGACACUACCGGCGCCCGUGGCGGCACCGGGAAAACUGCUGCUACUGCGCACGUGACCAGGUCUCAAACGUUCAAACCGGACUAUGCGUCUGCCAAGAGCCUAGCACUGUUACCGCCGCCGCCAUCUCUAUCGCAGUGGCCUCAGUGCCCUCCGCUGCUGCUGGCGAGCGACCGUGCCGUUACCACCACGCUGCGAGACGUUACGCAGAAACUGGAGCGAAGAUGA